AUGUCAAAGAUACAAAGAAAAGACUAGUAAGCGAUAUUCAGCGACUAUUUAUUCAAACUCGUGCUUGUAGGAGACUCAGGUGUAGGUAAAUCUUGCUUAUUACUGCGUUUUGCUGAUGACACAUUUUCAACAAGCUAUAUCAGCACAAUUGGAGUAGACUUCAGAUUCAAAACACUUUCAGUAGACAAUACAAUUGUCAAGCUUCAAAUAUGAGACACAGCCGGACAAGAAAGAUUCAGAACAAUAACAAGCGCUUAUUAUCGAGGUGCUGACGCUAUAAUGGUUGUCUUCGAUAAAACUAAUAGAGAAAGUUUUGAUCAUGUCAAAGAAUGGCUUGACGAAAUCAACAGAUUUUCAGAAGGCUCUGUUCGCCUUCUGUUAGGCAAUAAAUUUGAUCGGCAAGAUAGUAUUCAAGUAAGCGAAGACAUGGGCAAACGAUUUGCUGAGUCCCAUGGCAUGAAAUAUUUGGAGACCAGCGCUCUCAGCUCUCAUCAAGUUCAUGACGCAUUUUUGCUUGCUACUAAGUCCCCCCCUUUAAAUUGGAGCCAAAAGUCUUGUUCCAGUUUAAAGGGAGUUAAUUUUUUUAAAAAAAUAUAAAUUGAGCAUAAUGAUUUUAAUUUAUUUUCAUGAAGAAUUAAUUUAAAAAUUUAAUUGAUUCAGUGUGGAAACUAUUUAAAAUAAUAUUCUACUUGUGCAUUUUCAAUUAAAUUAGGUCAAAAACUAAUUUUAUAAAAAUUAUUAGUUUAACCUUAAUUUUUUUUAAACAAUUAUAAAUCGAGUGCAAUACUUUGAAAUUUUAAUUCAUUUUUAUCAAGAAUUAAUUUAAAAAAUCAAUUAAAACAGUGUGAAAACGGUUUAAACAGCAUUCUACUUGUACUUUUUCCAUUAAAUUAGGUCAAAACUAAUUUUAUAAAAAUUAGUAUUUUCACAAAUAAAUUAUCCAAUUGAAAAGCAAAUUUUUUUCCUAUUUAAAGGGGAGUUAAAGUAAAUUUUUACGACGUUUUGUUCCAGUUUAAAGGGGGGGAGUAAAGAUCUUAUAGGGAAAAAAUCAAAAAAUGUGACUAAAGGAAAAAGACUUGACGAGCUGAAAAACAAGAAAAAAUCUAAAUGCUGUUAA